AUGAAGGCCCAAACGAGCACCCGCCCUGAUAUUGUAGCUCGCAAGAAGCUAGGGCUCGAUUGGUCGCCAGCCCAAAGGAAUGCAUACCUGAAGGAUGUCAAGGUUGUGGACAUCAAGAGACUGGACCAGCCAUAUCCUGUAGACGACCACUACGUGGCGGGCACCCCGAAAGCCAGAGAGCAGUGGAGCGAUUACUGGCAUGAGAAGCCGAUGAAGGACCGCAGGUACCGUCACGGUAUCCGCCCCAAGAUCCUCGACCUUGACGAGUCCCGUCUUCAGUAUAUCAUUCCACAAAGCGAGAGCGUCAUUUUCCGAGAUGCCGACACGAAAGAACUGGUCAUGGUGGUGCUCCGCAGCUUCAUGCCCGACGAAGGCGUCCGUGGGACUAUGGUUGAGCUGUGCAAGGACAUUUUGAAGGCUCGUCGAAAUGAUCGGCGCGAGGAUCCCGGCAUGCUGGUGCAUUUCGGAUACACUUGUGGCAGUCGUCACGACCCUCAGAUCCAACUGGCCGCCCCGUGUGUACGUCUCAACACAGUGGCCAAACAGCAGAGCGAGGAGCAGCUCAACAUCAGGGCGCAAGGCAUGGCCGGCCUUACGUGGAAUAUGAUGAAAUCUCGCCUACCUCUGGAGAUCACCGCCACCUACAACGACAUGAUCGAGGCCUAUGACUUACCUCGCAUGGACAUGGGCCGUGACGACGACGCGUUCACAUUCCAGCUGAAAGGUCAAGACGUCACGUUCCAGGGGCUCGAACUACCACCACCGUCGGGACUGUCUGCGAUCAACUACGCCAGGCACACGCACACCGAGACCAAUGGCGACAACUGGAUCGUCGCUUGCACGUGCAAUGCGCCAGACGACCCGACCAAGGGCGGGAAUUUCUAUAUUGCCUCGUACGGCAUCAUGAUGGAGCCAGCGACUAACACGGUCUCGGCAUGGCACCCGCCCGACUACCACGGGACGUCGCUGUACGAGAUGACCGAGGGACCGGAGCGGCGAGCAGGUUACGAGAUCCGUACAGAGCUUCAACACCGGCAUGGUGUUCGAAAUGUCAAGAGCAUUGAAGAAUGCACGGAAGAACUCUGCCUGGCUCGACGAACGACGCAAGACGAGAGGACUGAAACCAGCGCGGGUUCGUGCAAAAAGGAGCACACAGACGAGGUAUUCCCUCCGCUCGAGAACGGGAGCUGUAUCCAGAAUAAGACCGUCGGUAUCACCAUGCCGGCCUCAAGACAUAUACGCAUGGUUGGACAGCACCGUAUGCAAUAA